AUGACGGUGAUAAGAGAUGUUAAGAUACCCUUGCUGGGCAUUGUAUUAUGCUUUGUCCAGAGUGCUUUCCCUUCAGGCAUCACUUCCACGUCAGUGUCAAUUUCCUCAACCGGUCAUAAGCCCUUCGUCUAUAACUACUCAAACGGCCCAGCCCACUCAACUGCUAUCGCUGGUGCAUACCAAACUAAUGGGCAGUAUCUUCAAUCAAUAUCUUCUAUCAGACCAAAAAGGGAAGAAAGAUUCUUUUACAGGGACUCUUUCAAUAACGAUUUCAAUGACAUUUUUAAUUCUAAUCUAGAUUACGUUCCUUCAGAAACGAAAAGCCAAAGAGUUUAUGGCUUACCACCGCAGCUUGCUCCUCCAGCGCCACCAGCGCCACCACCACCUCCCCCACCGCCACCUCCUCCUUCAUCAUCGCAAGCGCCAAUAAAGGUAUAUCCUUUACCAUACAAACCUUCAUUACCUGCCCCACCACCAGCACUUCCAAAUUCUCUUCCAGCACUUCCGCCGACCCAAAAAAAACCUAUUAAAGUUUACCCUGUACCUUAUAGACCAAAGUUUCCUGCCCCUCCUCCACCGUCAUCCCAACCACAAUCUCAACUUUCACAACCUCACAAGGUUUAUGGGGUGCCAUCGCAACCUGCUCCUCCUCCACCACCACCCCCUCCCCCGCCACCACCACCCCCACCUCCGCCGCCACCACCGCCACCACCGCCACCCCCACCUCCUCCACCUCCUCCUCCUCCUCCUCCAUCACAAUUAAAACCACAUGCUAUUUAUGGAGUCCCAUCUCAAUAUGCGCCUCCGCCUCCGCCGCCGCCACCACCACCACCACCACCACCACCACCACCACCGCCACCUCCACCACCACCGCCACCGCCACCACCACCGCCACCGCCACCCCCACCGCCACCGCCACCACCACCCCCACCCCCACCUCCUCCUUCACAAUUAAAACCACAUGCUGUUUAUGGAGUCCCAUCGCAAUAUGCUCCACCCCCUCCACCACCACCACCACCUCCUCCUCCUCCACCGCCGCCACCGCCACCACCGCCACCACCGCCACCACCGCCACCACCGCCACCUAGACGUCCUUCGGCACCACACCAUGCUUACGGUGUACCGAUAAAUUUAGCAGGCAUACCACCACCUCCACCACUAGAGAUUACUUCUGAAGAACUUAAUAAAGGAUCUGGCAAUCUUGAAGGAUUUCAACAGUUCGCACCAGCUCCUGGAUCUACUUUUGAAAAUGCUAUAUUUGUGCCAGCUCCAAUUCCCAAUCUACCGGAAGGAGUAGGGCUUGCACCUCCGCCUCCUUCGGAGUUUGGAUUUUUACCUCCGGAAGUGGUCACAGUUAUCACCCCUGUGUUGUGGUGGGGCGGCGAGGAGAGGCUACUGGAGCAGCUGCGUCUCGUCCUUGUCUCCUAG